UAGAUAAGAUGAAUGAGAGCCACACACCAUCCAAUACAAAAACACACUCAUCUAAAUAUCCAAGCAAAUCAAUACGUCUUUUACUCAAAAAUAUCAAACAUUGAGGACAAUGGGAAUACUUCAACUCAACCCUUAUGGCUUAGCCUCUCUCACACUCCCUCACAACUUCACCACAAACACUCCCAAAUCAAUCAAAGCCUCUAAACGCCUCACCGGCUUCUCUAGAGGAAGAAUCAGAGCUGUUGGGACAAUCCCAGAUAGCGAAUCAGAAGCUGCACCGUCUGAGGAACCACCUGCUGUAAAUUUUGCAUUUGUCAGUUCUGUGUUGCUUCCUGAUGGAACACCAGAUGUUCAUUUUCGAGUAGCUUGUGGUGGGCAGAAACUUAGGGACAUUAUGUUGGAUUCUAAUAUUGAAUUGUAUGGACCAUAUUCCAGACCUCUGCUAAAUUGUGGGGGAGGAGGAACUUGUGGGACAUGCAUUGUAGAGGUCGUUGAAGGGAAGGAGCUACUAAACCCUCGAACAGACAAAGAGAAGGAAAAACUUAAAAGGAAUCCAAAAAAUUGGAGGCUUGCUUGUCAGACUACAGUUGGAAAACCAGAUUCGAGAGGCUUGGUUGUAAUCCAACAAUUGCCUGAAUGGAAAGGGCAUGAAUGGAAUUAUAAUAAAGAACCUCCUUCAGAAUCAGAACCCUGAGAUUCAUUCAUUCAUUCAUUUAAUUAAUAUACUUUUUUUUGUUUUACUAACUAUAUACUUAAUUUAUGUAAAUCCUCCUUUUAAAGAAAAUGCACACUAAUUAAAUCUUUGUUUUGUUUCGCA